AUGAGUUCCCCCGCGCAGACCCUUGACAUGUCGGGAGGUACCGAAAACUCAUCAUUCGUUCUCGUCGACGCUGACAAUUCGACGACUAGCCAUCCGAAACUUACCUAUUAUCGGUACGAAAUCGACAUCAGUGUGCUGCUCAUAUUGGGUUAUCUUUCGGUGUUCAUUGUUGGCCUCGUGGGAAAUUCAUGUGUUAUUUGGGUGGUGAUUCGCGCGCCUCGAAUGCGCACGGUGACGAAUUAUCUGAUCGUGAACCUCGCCUGCAUCGAUAUCAUUGUUCUUCUUGUCUGUGUUCCAUCAAACCUGCUCAACAGCCUCAUACACCCCUGGCUCCUCGGGACCGAGCUCUGCAAGCUCACGUCGUUCCUUCAAGCUGUCACCGUCUCGGCUUCGAUACAGACUCUGGUGGUCAUAUCCGUGGAUCGCUGCGUCGCUAUCUGCAGUAAAUCCCUGGUGCUCCAAAUCCCGCACUACCGGGUACGCCACAUUAUCGCAGGUAUCUGGACAUUUUCCCUCGUGCUGAUGAGUCCCAUAGCGGUGUACCAAGGGGUCGGCGUAGCAUUCGACGGGCAAGUGUUUGAGAACUGCUUGGAUAACUAUCCUUCUCAGCGGUUCCGCAUAGCGUUCACGGUUUUCGCUUUGUUCGUGUGCUGUUUUGCCUUCCCGCUUGUGGUUAUAACAGUGAGUUACGCAAUGAUUUUCGUAACUGUCUGGAAGAGGUCGAUUCCGGGCGAAAGUGUGCACAAAUCGUCUGACUCCAAUCGGACCGUCGUUCAACGAUCAAAACUCAAGGUGGUCAAAAUGAUGAUUUGCGUGGUCUCCACUUUCUUCGUAUCCUGGGCUCCUCUGUACAGCGUGCAGGGCUACAUCCUCUAUUACGGUUAUCCAGAGAGCGACGACAAGACAGCUUCAGACUUUCUUGAACUCUUCAUUCCAUUAACCCAAUGGCUCGGAAUGACAAACUCGUGCAUCAACCCGGUCUUCUACGCCUACUUCAACCAGAGGUUCCGCCGUGGCUUCUUAGCGAUUCUCGCUCGCCGAGGGGACAGUGUGGAUAUCGCUAUGAACAACACCACGAAGGACGGAGGCCCGCGACGUCAGAUUGCCGUUAAGCCUCAAUUCAUUUCACGCUCCAGAGAGGUUUUGCAGAAUCCGGCGCAAGAAAGGGACCUGGAAGUACUCGACGAUCCUUGCUCGCCCCAGAUGCCUGUCUACGACAUAAUGACCCAUGCACAAGAUUUCGAUUACUCGGAUCCAAACGGGUAUUGUAUCGUAAACCAGAUCAUCUUCGUCUUCGAGACUCAUAAAGAUCCACGGCUCUAUAUCAAAUUGAAUGGAGGAUUCGAGCUCGGUCAGAAUUCUCGAGUUUGGUGUGUAAUCGUACUGCUUAGUUAG